AUGAAGAUAUGUCUACGUUAUCUCGGUGACUCUGGAUAUCAACAAGGUAUUGGUCAGGAACUUGGUGUUAGUCAAGCAACGGUAUCCCGGACUGUGGAUAGAGUUGUGAGUAGCAUAGUUGCACAGUCGAACGAAUGGAUCAAGUUUCCAACUACCAACCAUGACCUGAUGGAGGCCAAGCGGAUAUGGCAAAGCAUGUAUAAAUUUCCGACAGCAAUUGGUGUAAUUUAUUGUACACAUAUAGGAAUCCUAAAACCAAAUCGUCAUGGAGAUGAGUAUAUCAACCGAAAAGGGAUACCUACUUUAAAUGGGCAAGACACUUGUGAGGCCAGAGAGAUGUUCACAAGUGUUGAUUGUCCGCUGUACAGGCGGUUGAAGCUGAAGAGCUUGAAGCUGCGUGACGUGUAUCGAUCAGAACGGGAGAGAAGAGGUGCCACAGAGUAG